GGAGUUUUGGAUUUUGCAGCAUGGUGACAUCCUCACGAGAGACCUCAGGUCGCUGAACUGAACGAAUGGACAAUAACAAUGUACUCACCCAUCGCAACGAAAUACACACCAACGAACGACACAUUGGCAACAUAGCACGACGACCGCACCCUCAAACACCGUUUGCACAUCAAUCACAUCCACGUGUGGACACAUCACACCACACACGUGUGUGUCCCUCUUGUCUCACCUCACUCUUGGCUUUGUCUUUUGUGUGCCCCCCCGUUGCCUUGUGUGCGUCUGAGAAGGUAUGGUAGGCCCUCGGUUUGGCGGCGGCAUUGCCCUCUGCCUCCUGCGGCCCCCCACUGCUGGGCUUCUUGGGUCUGCUCUGAGCCUCAAUCAUCUCCCUAUCCUUUAUCUGACCUGCACACACACAGUUUGAGGCAGAGCAGUUCGAGACAGAAGCUUACACCAACGGAUGGACGCAGCACACACAGCAGAAAAGGCCACGUGUGUUGUGUGCACCGUACCGAGAAGGAAGCUGCGUGUGAGGUGGUGGUCUUUGGCUGAGGCGCCGUACUUGUUUCUCUCUUGUGCGAGGAAGUCCUUCAGCGGCGCACACCCGUCCCACCAAUUGCCAGGCGGCUCUUCCUUGUUGUCUGCCUUCUUGCUGUAGCGGGGCAUGGCCCGCCGAAUCACCCGACCCUUGGGCUUCUGCACGUGAGACACAGUGAGGUCAGUGAGACGCACACAGACGCCAGCGGCGGAGGGGGGAGGGUGUGCACUGUGUGUGUGCGUGUGCGUAGUUGUUGUCGACAGACAGACAGACGAACGGACCUUUUGUCGCACGUUGAGGUAGCAGAAUAGCCAGCCAUAGGUGAAGUACAGCUGCACCAAUGACAGAGCCGUCACGACAGAGACAGACAGAGACCGAGACAUUGGUCGGUCGACCGCAGCUGCAACUACAUCCCGGUCGCCGUGAUUAGGUACCAAUGCUGCGAUGAGGAAAGUCGACGGCUGACACAAGAAACUCCUGAACCACACACACACACACACACAUAUCGAGAGACCUCACACAUGCGCAACAACACAGAAGCCAGUGGUGGCAGCCCUGCCUCUCUGCGUCCAUCCAUCCAUCCAUGUGUGUGGCUCUUGUCUUGGCGCUCACAGCGUCCGAUAGGUCCAAAACCACAAAGAAUACAAAGCCCCAUAGAGCCUCAUGACAUUCAUAAACAAGCAAACAAGGGGCUUCUCUCCAGCUGCUCCCCUUUGGACCACUACCCCUUCACGUCUCCCCCGGCAGAUGAGGGUCGCGUCUCCUUCUGUUGCCCCUGUGGUUCGAUCAGUGGAACCUGUCGAGAUGGGGGAGGGGGGGCCCGGGUGCAAGGCGGAAGCGUGUUCUUUCAGCUUAAUUCGUUCCACAGCCUACAGCCAAUUGCCUUUUCUUUCCUUCCUUGCCCCUUGGCUCGCAUCCCCCGCUAGCAGACACCGUGAA